AGGAGUAGUGCAGAUGGGGUUUUGGACUCUUGGCCACUUGUGACCUUAGAGCCAGCUGUUCCUGUCUGAGCUGGGGUGUCUCCAAAGAUGUGUCAUCACAACAUCCCUCCCUCACCAGUGCCCUUCCCUGUCCAGGUCAUUGCUGUGGUCAUGGACCUCUUCACUGACAGUGAUAUUUUCCAAGACAUUGUGGAUGUUGCCUCUAAGCGCCGGGUCCCAGUGUACAUCAUCCUGGAUGAGGCAGGGGUGAAAUAUUUCCUGGAGAUGUGUCAAGGCCUGGAGCUCACUGACUUCCGUAUUCGGAACAUCCGCGUCCGCUCUGUGACAGGUGUCGGCUUCUACAUGCCCAUGGGGAGGGUCAAGGGGACCCUGUCAUCGAGGUUCUUGAUGGUGGAUGGUGACAAAGUAGCCACUGGAUCCUACAGGUUCACCUGGAGUUCCUCCUACGUGGACAGGAACCUUCUCCUCCUUCUGACAGGGCAGUACGUAGAGCCCUUUGAUGUGGAGUUCAGGGAGCUGUAUGCCAUCUCUGAGGAGGUAAACUUGUUCCAGCAGCUGGGCCUGGGAGGAGGCGCAGGCAGACUUGGCCUCAACUACUCCUCCACUGUGGCCCGCAAGCUUAUCAACCCCAAGUACGCCCUGGUGGCAGGCAGCCGCCAGCCCCCAGGGGAGAUGAUGCGCUGGGCUGCCCGGCAACAGCGGGACCCUGGUGGCAACCCAGAGGGGCAGGAGGAAGGCAGUGGAGGUGGUGAGUCGGCCCGGUGCCUGGACAGCUUCCUGAAUGACCUGGUCACAGUGGAGCAGCUGCUGCCCCCCGUGGAGCCCAUUGCCUUGACAGAGCCAAGCCGGACGGAAGGCAGGAAGGUCUCUCACAUGCACAUAGACCUGAGGCCCAAGGCCGGAGAGCCAGUUGCCCAAAAUGGCAAGGGGGAAGCUGCCAACGGGGAGGUCACUGCGGCCAAGGAGGGCAAGCGCUUCAGCAGCAGAUUCUUCAGCCGAAGGGCCAAGAGGCCUGCAGUGCACAGCAGCAUGGACAGCUCCCUCUCCACAGAGACGGUGACCGACAAGGACUUUCUGGUGGGAAAGAAGCCCAGUGAAGGUUCCAGCGCCAACAUCUCAGGUAAAACAAGUCCCAGUCCUGCCAAGGCCAGCAAUUGCGUGAUCUCCUGAGCCCCAGGACAGUGGUGGGUGGAACCUGUGGAACCUACCUGUCCUCUCCUGUGCUCACUCUGCACCAGUUUGCACAAUGGACACUGACCAGCCUCCUAUCCUCAGGGCCUGAAUCUCACAUGAGAGGGUCCAGGGCCUCUCAAAACCAUCAUGUGCCUCCAUCAGACCGCCAAAGACCAGGCAGAUGUCACUGCCGCCUUGUUUACAUGAUACGGAAGCUUGACUAGCGUCUGUUCUCCUUUAUGCUAACUCCCUUCUGCUGGGCCAGCCCCAGAGCUGCAGGUCCCCGGGUGGGACAAGGUCUGCCAUGUCUUAGGCUUUGGUGAGUUGGGGUCUGCAGGGCAGCCCCACCCACCUGGCUUCCCCUUCCCUGGGCUUCCUGGUGCUUUCUUGUCCCCCAGAGAGGUUGGGAAGAAGGGAAGAGGGUGGGGCUAUGAAGCCAGGGAUCCCAAGUGUAGUUUAGCUCCAGGCACAGCAUGCAAAGUAGAAGCUGUUCCAGGACAGCCAGGCUGUGACCUUCCUAGCCCAGUCCCUGCAGGGACUGAGUGGAGCAGGGGAAGGGCUUGACACUGCCAGUUUGGGAGCCCCUUUCCCUUGCUCUGUGACACCCUUCAGGCUCUGCCUGAGUUCUCCAGGCCUCCGGGGCUGGUGCCUGUUAAAAGUCUCCAUGAGGUUCUUAGGGUGCCCUGACCAGGCCUGCCCACUCCCUCAGUAAGCCCUUGGUUUUGCAGCCUAAUGAGAGAGGGCAGGCAGGAGUGGGGAGCUGCUGGGUGCCAAGGAUAGGAAUAUCUGCCCCUUUCUUCCCCAGGUGGUUCUUGGUCCCCUUCACCCUCCAAGACUCCCCCCGUUACAUGUCAUCCAAGGACCAAUCUUACCCUCCUACAAAAAGUCAGGCUGAGGGCUGGAGAUUUAGCUCAGUGGCACAGGGCCUGCCUGGCAAGCACAAGGUCCUGAGUUUGAUCCCCAGUACCCCACCACCAAAGGCUAUAUGAUAGUGCUUGGCCAGGGCAAGCAGUAAAUGAUCUCUCUGUCUCCCUCCCUCUCUCUCUCCCUCCCUCUCUCUCUCCCCCUCC